AUGAUCGGCUCAAGUCGCAUAAGGACGACGCCCUAUCACCCGCAGUCAAACGGGAUGGUAGAACGUUUUCAUCGUUCUUUCAAGGUUGGCCUGAUGUGCUGCCCGGACGUCCCAUGGCCCAACGCACUUCCCUCGGUGCUCCUGGGGCUCCGAACCUCAUUCAAGGAGGACCUCCAAGCAUCUCCGGCCGAGAUGCUCUACGGCACGAUCCUCAGGGUGCCCGGUGAUUUUUUCACUGCCCAGAGCCACCCGAACGUCAACCCGCCGUCCUUCGUCCAAGGCCUUCGACGCCUCACGCAGGCCAUCAAGCCUGUCCAGGCAUCGAGGCACCUACCUUCACAGAAGCCGUUCAUCUUCAGCGAUCUACAGAGAUGCUCUCACGUCUUUCGCCGCAUCGACGCUAUCCGGAGACCGCUGGACCCUCCAUACUCAGGGCCACACAAGGUAAUCCGGCGCAUCGACGAGCGAAACUACACUAUCGAGGUCAAUGGCCAGCCCCGUACUGUCUCUACAGACACGUUGAAGCUGGCCUACCUCGAAGCAGCCGACCUGCCUAUCACCAGCAACGACGUCGCUGCUCCUCAGCUCUCGCAACCACCCACGUCGGUUACAAACGGCCCCCAGACACAGGACCAUUCAACGCGGCCUAUGGCCGACGCAUCGCCUUCCCAGCCCACACCUGGUCCAACCACGACCUUGCCCAAGGUCAAGAAGGCUAUAUCGUUCUGUCUGCACCCUGCAGACAACACUGCAGGGGGAGUACCUGUGGCGCCAUCCACCGGCCAAAGCUCAAAUCAAGCUUCUCGGCGGAAGCAACAGCUUAUCCCGCGCACGGACUAG